UGCACCUUUCCAAGUAGACAUUUCAUUACAUCCCUGAAGCAUCAUGGGGUGCACAGCACUAUGUCUUACAUUGCUGGCCCUAAUCGCAGGCUCCUACGCCCAACUACCAUGCACACUUAUUACCCCCAAUGUGCUGCGUGUGGAGAGCGAGGAGACCUUCGUGUUGGAUGCUCAAGGACACAACGCUGCUUUUGAUGCUGAUAUUGUGAUCCAGGAUUUUCCUCAAAGAAAAAUCACUCUUGCCCAGGCCAAAGUCUCUCUAAACAGUGAAAAUGGUUUCCUUGGAGUGGUCAAAGCUUUGAUUCCUUCUAAGGACUUAUUAAAAGAGGAAAAAAAGAAACAAUAUGUGUAUGUUAGUGUGAAGGCCGCAGCAUGUCCCCUGGAAAAAGUUGUCCUGCUGUCAUUUCACAGUGGAUACAUCUUUGUGCAGACAGACAAGACCAUUUACACACCAGGAUCUAAAGUUCUCUAUCGGAUUUACACAAUGAACUACAAGCUGCAGCCUUUGUCCAAAACAGUGAUUGUUGAAUUUCUGACUCCAGAUGGGAUCAUUGUGAAGAGAGAUUCAAUAAUUCAAGAUAGUAAAUCUGGUAUCCUCUCUCAAUCAUACCAGUUGCCUGAAGUUAUAAGCUUGGGGGUAUGGACCAUCUCCGCAAAGUACGAAGAUUCUCCGCAGCAGAAUUACACAAAUAACUUUGAAGUAAAAGAAUAUGUCUUACCCAGUUUCGAAGUUGAACUGAAUUUACAAAAUAAAUUCUUUUUAUGGACUGAUGAAGAAUUUAUAGUGGACAUCAGAGCUAACUACUUGUAUGGGAAGCACGUGGAAGGAAAAGCAUUUGUGAUUUUUUCAGUGAAAAAGGAUAAUAUAAAAACUGGCAUCCCAGAAUCUCUUACAAGGGUUCAGAUUGAUGAGGGUACAGGAGAGGCAAAAUUAAAAAGAGCAGAUCUGUUGAGACGUUUCCAAAAACCUGAAGACAUGCUGGAAUAUACGUUGUGUGUAACUGUUACCGUCAUCACAGACUCAGGCAGUGACAUGGUGGAGGCUGAAUAUGAUGACAUUGCCAUUGUGACCUCUCCUUAUAAAAUUCUCUUUACGAAAACCUCAAAACAUUUCAAACCAGGAAUGCCCUUUGACCUUACGGUGUUUGUUACAAAUCCUGAUGGUUCUCCAGCAAAUCGUAUACAAGUGGUUGCUGAACCAGGGAACAUACAAGGAACAACACAGGCUGAUGGAACUACAAAGCUGACACUGAAUACAGGCGCAAAUAUGGCAUCUUUAGAUAUAACUGUGAAAACUGCACAUCCAGCAUUACCUCGUGAUCGCCAGGCAACUGCGUCUAUGAAAGCGACACCGUACAGAACAACAAAUGGUAAUUACCUGCACAUUGGCAUCACUGCAUCUGAGCUGAAACCUGGGGAAAAUGUUCCAGUGAACUUCAAUAUUCGAAACACUAAUCAAGCAAUUCAGAAUAAUAUCAAGAGUUUUACCUACCUGAUCAUGAACAAGGGUAGGAUUAUGAAAGUGGGCAGACAGCCACGCCAGCCAGGACAGCCACUUGUGACCAUGUCACUGCCUGUCAAUGAAGAAUUUAUUCCAUCUUUCCGAUUUGUAGCGUAUUAUACAGUACCUAUUGCUGGAGGCCAUGAAAUUGUGUCCGACUCAGUCUGGGUGGACGUGACAGAUUCCUGCAUGGGGACGCUGGUGGUGUCUGCUGAGAGGGAAAAUAGAGUCUAUCAACCUGGGACCUCCAUGAAGCUGAAGCUGAAGGCAGACCACAAGGCCUAUGUGGGACUGGUGGCUGUUGACAAAGGCGUCUUUGUGCUGAACAAGAAGUUUAAAAUCUCCCAAAGCAAGGUGUGGGAUUCAGUGGAGAAAACAGACAUUGGUUGCACUGCAGGAGGCGGUGCUGAUGGUGCCGGAGUGUUUUAUGAUGCUGGCCUGGCAGUACAGACAAGCUACAAGACAACAACAGCUCAAAGAUCAGAGCCAACUUGUGAAGUCCGUGCUCGGCGCAGGCGACGAUCUGCAGAACUGAUUGAAAUAAAAACCACCAAAGCUUCAAACUAUCAAGGACAUAUAAGAAAGUGCUGUUUGGAUGGCAUGCAGGAGAAUCCCAUGGGUCACAGCUGUGAGCAGCGCGCCCGCUACAUCCUUGAUGGGAAAGAGUGUGCGGCUGCUUUUGUGGACUGCUGCACAUAUAUUAAGAAAAAGAGAGAGGAUGAUUCAAAGCUAAAAGAACAUGAUUUGCUGGGAAGAAGUGAUGAGGAUAGUGAGUACAUGGAUGAUGCUGAUAUUGUGUCCAGGACUGAAUUUCCGGAGAGCUGGUUCUGGAAAGUGGAGCAUAUGUCAGAAAGACCGGAUGCUAAUGGUAUUUCUACGAAGAUCAUGAAUGUUUUCCUAAAAGAUUCUAUCACUACAUGGGAGGUGUUGGCUGUUAGUCUAUCUGAAAACAAAGGUAUCUGUGUUGCUCAGCCCUAUGAGAUUCCAGUUAUGAAAGAUUUUUUUAUUGACUUGAGACUUCCAUAUUCCGUUGUGAGGAACGAACAGGUCGAGCUCCGUGCCAUUUUGUACAACUAUGUAGAAAGGGAUAUUAAGGUACGAGUAGAGCUCACUUACAACCCAGAGUUCUGCAGUUUGUCUACAGCCAAAAAGAAGUUCCGACAGGAGGUGAGGAUUCAGGCUCUCUCCUCAGUGGCUGUGCCAUUCAUUAUUGUGCCUCUCACUCUGGGCCUGCAUGAUGUGGAGGUGAAGGCAGCGGUUGCUGGAACAUUUGUCUCAGACGGUGUUAGAAAGAAACUGAAAGUUGUGCCUGAAGGGAUGCGUUUGGCAAAAACUAUAACAUCAGUUACCUUAGAGCCAGAAGUUAAAGGAAAAGAUGGAGUGCAACAAGAGAAUGUCCCAGCGGUUGACGCACAGGAAAUUGUACCCCGUACAGAGGUUGACACAAUAAUUACCAUCCAAGGGACCCCAAUAAGUAGAAUGGUGGAAGAUGCCAUUGAUGGCUCCAAUUUGAAUCAUCUGAUUAUUGUGCCAAUUGGAUGUGGAGAGCAGAACAUGAUGACUAUGUCACCCAGUGUAAUAGCCACAGUUUACCUUGAUAGCACUGGGCAGUGGGAGAGAAUCAAUGUCAACCGUAGACAAGAGGCUAUUAAUCAUAUAAAGACAGGUUAUGUUCGACAAAUGGCUUAUCGAAAAUCAGACAACUCUUAUGCAGCCUGGAUGGAGAGACCAUCCAGUACAUGGCUUACCGCAUAUGUUGUUAAAGUGUUCGCUUUGGCUCAGCCCCUGGCAGACAUUGAGAGUGGUGUAUUGUGUGGGGCUGUCAAGUGGCUUAUUCUUGAAAAGCAGAAACCAGAUGGACUGUUUAAAGAGGAUGCACCUGUUAUACAUAAAGAGAUGACCGGUGGACUCCAAGGAUCUAAUGAGCCUGAUGUUGCCCUCACAGCUUUUGUGCUCAUUGCUUUGCUGGAAAGUCAGAAAUCUUGUGUUGCACAUGUCAAUAACCUUGUAAGCAGCAUUAACAGGGCAUCAUCCUUCCUCUUGGACCAGUACCCAUUCCUCAAAAAACAAUAUUCCAUUGCAGUCACCUCAUAUGCACUUGCCAUGGCUGGGAAACUGAGGGACACAAAUUUACUGAUGUCAGUAGCUAAAGAUAAGACUCACUGGCCUACAGAGGGCUCCCGAUUUAUCUCACUGGAAGGUACAUCUUAUGCCCUCCUUUGCCUCCUCCGCAUGAAGCAGUAUGAUGUAACAGGCCCCAUUGUUCGCUGGCUCACUGAGUCACGAUAUUAUGGAGAUAUUUGGGGAUCCACCCAAGCUACUAUUGUGAUGUUCCAAGCUUUGGCCCAAUAUCAGAUUGAUCUGCCAGGUACUAAUGAGAUCGAUUUGGAUGUCUCCCUUCAUCUCCCUGAGAGACAACAGCCACUAUCAUAUCGCAUCAAUCUUGGAAAUGCUUUAUUGGCACGUUCUGCUGAGACUAAGGCAAACAAAGCUUUUGUGGUACAAGCGAAAGGAAAAGGACAAGGCACAUUAACAGUGACCACAGUGUAUCACGCCCUUGUAACAGAGAAGGAAAGACAAUGCAAUAACUUUGAUCUGUCUGUGACAGUAAAAGAUGAACCAGAUCAUAAAAGACCAGAAGGGGCUAAGUCAACCGUAUCUAUAACAUUAUGUGUCAAACACCUUAAACCUUAUGAUGCGACUAUGUCUAUCAUCGAUAUUACCAUGAUGACUGGUUUCUCUCCUGAUAUUGAUGCACUUAAUAAGCUAUCAAAGGGAGUGGACAGAUACAUCUCUAAAUUUGAGUUCAACAAAGGAGUUAACGGUUCUCUUGUUAUUUAUGUAGAUAAGAUCUCUCACAAAGAGGAGGAAUGUUUGAAGGUUUAUGCCAACCAGAUCUUUGCAGUGGGUCUCAUUCAGCCUGCUGCUAUCACAGUGUAUGACUAUUACACUCCAGAAAGCCGCUGCACUAAAUUCUAUCAUGUGGAUAAGCAAAGUGCGUUACUGGGCAAGAUAUGCAAGGAUGAAGUGUGUCGUUGUGCUGAGGAGAACUGCUUCAUGCAGCAGCAGAUAGAUGAUGACAUCACUGCAGAACUUCGACUAGAAAAAGCUUGCCAGCCUGGUGUUGACUAUGUGUACAAAGCCAAAGUUACAGCAAUAAAACCUGGUGAUAACUAUGAUGCCUAUGUGAUGAAGAUUGAUAAAGUUAUUAAAGAAGGUACUGAUGAGGCCCCUGAGGGUAAUACACGUAAUUUCAUCAGUCAUGCAAAAUGCAGAAAAGCCUUACAGUUGGAAGUAGAUUUUGUCUAUUUAAUUUGGGGUACAACCCUUGACCUUUGGAAUCAGCCAAACGGCUACUCUUACAUCAUCGGGAAAGAGACCUGGAUUGAGCGGUGGCCAAGUGCAAGAGAAUGUCAGACUCCUGAAUACCAACAGGCCUGUGAUGAUAUUGAAAUGGUAGCUGAAAACCUGGAGCUGGGUGGCUGCCCCAACUGAUUGGGCUUAUCCUAAUGUCAAUUAUUAAAUUCUCACUGUAAAUUUCUUGUCAUAUUUUAUACAACAUUAAAAUGUAUGCUUUCUGUCAUCCUUGUCCUGGGUAAUUUGGCUUCCCAAAACGUCACUGUACACAAUAAACUACUGUUUUUUUAAAAGUC